AUGAACUGGCUUGGGAUCCUUGGGCUGGUCACCCUCUCAGAGUGCCUAAUCAUAAUCCCCUUAAUGAAGAUCAAGACCUUGCAAGAAACCCUCAGAGAGAAAAACCUGGUGACACACUUCCUGGAGGAGAACAUGGAUGACAGGUCCCAGAAUGACACUGAUGAUCCCAAAUUUUCACUUCUGUCCCUGAGGAGCCACUGGAAUCUGGUCUACCUUGGAAACAUCACCAUUGGAAUGCCCCCUCAGGAGUUCAGGGUCAUCUUUGACACAGGCUCAUCUGACUUGUGGGUGUCCUCCAUCUACUGUUCCAGUCCUGCCUGCCUUGAGUACCUGACCUUCAACCCUCACUUGUCCACCACCUUCCAGUACACAUGCAAGGUCUUCAAAUUCAACUAUGGCUCUGGGAUGAUUGUUGGAUCUCUUGGCUAUGACACCGUUCAGAUUGGGAACCUUGUUGACCUGGGCCAGGCAUUUGGCCUGAGCGAGAGGCAGAUUGGGUUGGAAAAUACACCCUUUGAUGGCAUCCUGGGCCUGGCCUACCCCAGCCUCGCCCUUGAAAGGACCACCCCUGUCUUUGACAACCUGAAUAUACAAGGCAUCAUUUCUCAGCCUGUCUUUGCCUUCUACUUGAGCAACCAGGACAAUGGCAGUGUAGUGAUGUUUGGAGGGGUGGACCACAGCUACCACAGAGGAGAGCUCAAGUGGAUACCAGUGUCCAAAACCAACUACUGGCAGAUACCUAUGAACCAGAUUACCAUGAACGGGGUGGUUAUUGAUUGUUUCAAUGUCUGUCGGGCCAUUCUGGAUACUGGGACCCCAUUACUGCUUGGCCCAACUAGAGUGAUCACCACCAUCCAGAAGCUCAUCAACGCUACACCUUCGGGUCGAGAGUACGAGGUUCCAUGUAGCUCCAUCACUCACCUGCCUACCUUUACUCUCAACAUCAAUGGCAAUGAAUAUCCAGUGCCCGCUCAAGCCUACAUAUGGAAGCCUGGAAAGAAACAUGAAGUGGCUUGGAAUCCUCAGGCUGGUGGCCCUCUCAAAGUGCCUAGUCAUGAGCCAACUGAAUGUGAAUGUGUUGGGAGGAUACUGCUCCACAGUGCCUGCUGGUGCUCUGCCCUAGCACUGGGUUCACCUGGAAGUAACAGGCUGGAUGUUGGGAUGGGGUUCCUUCAAGAAGCAGAGCCACUGGCCAACAAGGACCCCAUUCCCAGAGGAGAAGGCACUCUCAUCCUGAGCUCUGGGUCUGUGGUUGGGCCCAGCAAUGACAAAGGGGCAGGUACAAACAUGCUCUUCAACCCUCACUUGUCCAGAACCUUCAUAUGUACAAGAUGGAGCUUCAACCUCAAAUACCCCACAGGGGUGAUUGUUGGAUCUCUUGGCUAUGACACCAUUCGUAUUGGGAAUCUUGUCAUGCUGGGCCAGACAUUUGGCCUGAUGGAGAAACAAAUAGUGAUGCAUCAUGAAACCUUUGAUGGCAUCCUGGGCCUGGCCUAUUCCAGCCUCACCCGCAAAGGGACCACGCCCGUCUUUGGCAACUUGAAGACACAAGGCAUCGUUUCUCAGCCAGUCUUUGCCUUCUACUGGAGCAAGUAA